UCCUGUUUGACAUCUCAACAACAACGAAUUUCUCGCUGAUCUUUUUCGACCAGUGCACAAUGUUUUCAUCAAGUAUUAGAAGGCUCUCCAGUCGGGAUAUUUACGUUGGAAAGCAGUUAAGAUUUUCCUCUCGCUACUACGGCAGAAAACGACAACUUCCCGCUAAUACUGUCAUAAAUUUUGUGCCACAACAAGAGGCUUGGAUCAUUGAAAGAUUUGGAAAAUUUUCUCGCGUUUUAGAUCCCGGUCUUGCAAUUUUAAUUCCAUUUAUUGAACAAAUAAAGUAUGUUCAAAGUUUGAAAGAGGUCGCGGUUGAAGUGCCAUCACAGUCUGCUAUCACUCUUGAUAAUGUUACUCUGCAGCUUGAUGGUGUCUUAUAUUACCGAGUUGAAGAUCCUUAUCAAGCAUCUUAUGGUGUGGAAGAUUGUGAGUACGCAGUAACACAAUUGGCUCAAACGACGAUGCGAUCCGAGUUAGGAAAGAUAACGCUCGAUAAAAUAUUUCAAGAAAGAACGUCGUUAAACGCCAAUAUCGUCAAUGCUAUCAGUGAAGCAGCGUCAGCCUGGGGAAUAAAAUGUCUACGAUACGAGAUACGUGACAUUCAAUUGCCCAGUAAGGUCAAAGAAGCUAUGCAAAUGCAGGUUGAAGCGGAGCGCAAAAAGCGUGCUGCAAUUUUGGAAUCUGAAGGGACUAAGGUUUCGGCUAUCAAUGUGGCCGAGGGACAGAAACAAAGUCAAAUUCUUGCUUCUGAGGGAAGGAAACUGGAACAGAUCAAUACGGCAACAGGAGAGGCGAACGCUAUCUUAGCGAAAGCGAACGCGAGAGCCGAAGCAAUAAUAAAGAUUGCCGAGUCUUUAUCACUGGAGAGUGGAAACAAUGCGGCAGCUCUCACAGUAGCUGAACAAUAUGUUCAAGCAUUUGGUAACCUUGCCAAGACUAACAACACUGUCAUAUUACCUGCUAACGCUGGUGAUGCUGCAUCAAUGGUUGCGCAGGCAAUGGCUGUAUACAAUCAGGUUUCAAAGCCUACUCUAUCGAGUGAACCGCCAUCUGACGACCCUAACGAUGGAACAAAGAAUCGUCCAAGUUAUAAUGAGAAAGACGGUCUUAAAGAUAAUAGUUUGGAGUCAACCCAAAAUGAAAACGACUCAAUAAAAAUGGAUUACAAUGAAUCGAACACUGAAUGGGGACGAAUGUCUGAGCCUUCACACUUUACCGUAGCGGGUUCGCCUACUCGAAAACGUGACUUUCUGUAGCAUGUUUACACUAACAAUUUGGAGGAUUUCCUUUAUGAGUAUUCCAAAUAUCUUUGCGUUCUCGCAUUGAAGUAAAAGCAAUCUCCCACUACGAAAUAAAAAAAUAAAAUACAAA